AUGGCAGGUGAUAAAAAAUCCUUGCAUCCGGCUUUUGCCGUCACAAACAUUAAAAAUCUCAUACCAAUCUUUUUAGACAUCAAGCAAGAUGAAUAUUCUUCAUGGGUUUUCCUCUUUCAACUUCAUCUUCAGGCUCACAACUUCUCUUUUCUCAUUGACGGCACAUCACCACCACCGGAACUCGACGCCUCCACCAUUCUUCAACUGGAUGCCCUAUGUCGACAAUGGAUGUUCGCAACCAUGGCAAAGGACCUGAUGCUUAUGGUCCUCAAAUCCGGCACCACUGCAAAGCAGAUUUGGGAUCAUCUUCAACGUCUUUUCCAAGAAAACAAAGGCAGUCGAGCUGUAACCCUUGGAAGUAAGUUUGUAAACCUAAAAUUUAUUGAUUGUAACAGUGUUGAUGAUUACUGUGAUAAGAUACAGGCACUUUCACAUCGUUUAAGUGAUCUUGAUUUUCCCAUGAAUGAAAAUCGAUUGGUUAUCCAACUUGUUAAUGGCCUUCCGUAG